AUGCCAUUCAUAGUGACUCAGUGGCCAACAGUGGCUGAGGUGAUGGCUGGAGAAGAUGUCAUUUUAAAGUGUAACAUUGUGGAGUUGUACUUGCCGUGUUCCACAGUGGUUUGGCUGAGAGUCAUUCCUGAGAAUGCAACUAUCAGUCCCACAGACAGAGUUCAAAUUUAUCCGCAUCACUCGUCCAACAAAUGGACCAAUAUUUGCACUUCAGUUAUCACCAAUUCAACAGUGAAGGACUCUGGUUUGUAUUACUGUGCAACUGUGCACGGCCGCUUUGCUCAUUUUGGCAAUGGAUCAAGAGUCAUUGUGAAAGAACACACUGUGUUUUCUGAUAUCGAGAUUCUUUCACCGCUGAUCCAGAGCAGUCAUUUAGUUCCACUUCAGUGUGUUGUGACCAGGGUCGAGUCUUCUCAAGUGCACAUGUUCUGGGUUAUAGAAGGGAGGACAGAGAAUGGACAGUCCACAUGGACACACAGGCAUGACGGUGCCAUGCCGUUCACCAGGAGCCAAAUCCUGCUAACUGCUGAGGAGUGGGAAAAGGAGGUACGGUGUGAUUGCAUGGUGGAGGUUGCAGGACAGCAAUACAACAAAACACUUCAGCGACAUGAUACAUCAAACUUGUGUCAUAUGAUAAAAUACAUAUAUAUAUCUCUCUGCUUCAUUUCUGGUCUCUUACUUGUGAUAAUAGUGGCUGCCUACAAACAGAGCCGAAAAAUUCAUCUGAUGUAUUGUGCAUGCAAAAACUAGUUUCAAAGAUCUGUCAUAUAUAUUAAGUUUUGAUCAAUAACUUGUCUUAUUUUGGAAAUUCAUGUUGCAUUGCUGUACAUAGGAGGAAAGAUGAGAGCAUUUGAAAUGUUAAUUCAUAUAAAAUAAUUCUAUUUGUUUGCAAACUGUGAUUAUU